CGCGAGUGGCACUUCCGCCCCUCUCCAACAUGGCCGCGGGCUGGAAGUGCGCAUGAGCAGCUGUCUAUGGAGAUACCCAGGUCGGGAAAGGGAGAACACUGUCUGGGAAAAUCGCGGCUGAGGCGGCCUUCGCCGGACUUAGCACUCAGGCCUGUGCAUCAGGAGAUACCAAGACUCCCCCAAAAGAACCAAUUCCUCGGAUGUGCCCCCUCACAGAGAGAUGAAGGGGCAGCAGAAAACAGCUGAAACUGAGGAGGGGACAGUGCAGAUUCAGGAAGGUGCAGUGGCUACUGGGGAGGACCCAACCAGUGUGGCUAUUGCCAGCAUCCAGUCAGCUGCCACCUUCCCUGACCCCAACGUCAAGUACGUCUUCCGAACUGAGAAUGGGGGCCAGGUGAUGUACAGGGUGAUCCAGGUGUCCGAGGGGCAGCUGGAUGGCCAGACUGAGGGUACUGGUGCCAUCAGUGGCUACCCUGCUACACAAUCCAUGACCCAGGCAGUGAUCCAGGGUGCUUUCACCAGCGAUGAUGCAGUUGACACAGAGGGGACAGCUGCUGAGACACACUAUACUUACUUCCCCAGCACUGCAGUGGGAGAUGGGGCAGGGGGUACCACAUCAGGGAGUACAGCUGCUGUUGUUACUACCCAGGGCUCAGAGGCACUACUGGGACAAGCAACCCCUCCUGGAACUGGUCAAUUUUUUGUCAUGAUGUCACCACAAGAAGUAUUGCAGGGAGGAAGCCAACGCUCAAUUGCCCCUAGGACUCACCCUUAUUCCCCGAAGUCAGAGGCUCCCAGGACAACUCGGGAUGAGAAACGCAGGGCUCAGCAUAAUGAAGUGGAGCGUCGCCGCCGUGACAAGAUCAACAACUGGAUCGUGCAGCUGUCCAAGAUCAUCCCAGACUGCUCUAUGGAGAGCACCAAGUCUGGCCAGAGUAAAGGUGGGAUUCUAUCCAAAGCUUGUGAUUAUAUUCAGGAGCUUCGGCAGAGUAAUCACCGAUUGUCUGAAGAACUGCAGGGGCUUGACCAACUGCAGCUGGACAAUGAUGUGCUUCGACAGCAGGUGGAAGAUCUUAAAAACAAGAAUCUGCUGCUACGAGCUCAGUUGCGACACCAUGGAUUAGAGGUCGUCAUCAAGAAUGACAGCAACUAGCUAUGGGAAUUCAAGGGCUUUGGGCCCAAGAACUGCAGAUAGCCCAGGAGUAACAGCCUAACCCCACGCUCCUUUCCUUCACUGCCCACUUCUGGCAUGGGACUGGGGGGAGUUCAGCAGGUGUUUCUUUGAACUGAAGCCCUGUGAUACGGCAGCCUGCAAUGGUGUGAAACACAAUGUGGAUGUGCGCUGACAGAAUUGCCCACCCCCACCAUGCAGCCCUGGGGCCCUUGUGUUCCUCUUGCACAGCGCAUGUGCUGUCUCCAUGCUGGACACUGGACACACUAAACCGGGGGCUUGCCCUGUGCUUGUUAGGGUGCCCAGCAGAGGAUCUGCUGAUGGGCGAUGUUCUGCCUUGCCUCAGGAUGCCGGCACUGCCGUGGGUUCUUCCUUUCCCUGGAGCUGAGGUUUAGUCAUGUACCUGGCAACUCAGGAGCAGGCUUAAGCAAGAAGUGGGGGGAAGGAUGCUUAGCAGUGGCUGCGGCCGUGUGAAGAGGAGAUCGGCCAGCCAGCAGCUAAGGCUUAUGCAGAAGAAGUCUUUGGAGCCAGGGAGAACAACAGGCAGGGGCCCACUUGGGGCCUUACCCCUUGUGGGGUGUUUUUUUUUUUUUCUUCCUUUCUUUCCUUUUUUUUUUUUUUUUUAAGAUAAAAUUGUUCAGAGCCA